CGAGCGGUGAGGACCGCGGGGGGUGGCUGGUGCACUCUCCCCACCUCCGCAGGUAAAGGAUCCGGAGGCAGGGGAGAAGAUGAGCAGCGAGGCGCUGUGGCUUUUCAAGCAGCUGAAUCUCCACCUGGAGCAGGAGGGGAGGUUUCAGCCCCGCGAGAAGGGGCUCAGCCUCAUCGAGUGCGCUGCCGAGAAUGAAAAUACUCUGUGCCCAAGACAAAGGAAUGCCAAGGUGGAAGAUCUUUGGAGUCUGACCAACUUUUUUGGUUUUGCAACUGAAACGUUUGUUUUGGCUGUUAACAUUUUGGACAGAUUCUUGGCUCUUAUGAAGGUAAAACCGAAGCAUUUGUCUUGCAUUGGAGUUUGUUGUUUUCAACUGGCUGCCCGAGUAGUCGAAGAAGAAUGCAAUAUUCCGUCUGCUCAUGAGAUCAUCCGGAUCAGCCAAUGUAAAUGCACUGUGUCUGACCUGAAACGGAUGGAGAAGAUAAUUUCAGAGAAGUUGCACUUUGAAUUUAAAGCUACUACUGCCUUAACCUUCUUGCACUUGUACCAUACUAUUGUACUUUGUCAUACCUCAGAAAGGAAAGAAGUAUUGAAUCUUGACAAAUUGGAAGCACAGCUAAAAGCUUGCAACUGUCGCCUAGUCUUUUCUAAAGCAAAACCAUCUGUCUUGGCCCUGUGCCUUCUCACUCUAGAAGUUCAGACUUUGAAAUCUGUUGAGCUGUUUGAGAUCCUUCUGCGUGUUCAAAAGCAUUCUAAGAUAAGUGAUAAUGACCUACUUUACUGGAGGGAACUGGUCUCAAAAUGCCUAGCAGAUUAUUCUUCUCCUGAAUGUUGCAAGCCUGAUCAUAAAAAGCUAGUUUGGAUUGUUUCAAGACGUACAGCCCAGAAUCUACAAAACAGUUACUACAGUGUUCCUGAGUUGCCAACAAUUCCAGAGGGUGGAUGUUUCAGUGAAAGUGAGAGUGAAGACUCCUGUGAAGAUAUGAGCAGCGGGGAAGAAAGCCUUAGCAGUUCUCCUCCAAGUGAUCUGGAAGGCACGUUCUUCUUUGAACUUGAACCGAAAACAAAGUGGCAAGCUCUUAGCUGUCGGUCUUAGCAUUAAAUCUUGAUUGUAUUAGGUUGAGAUUUUUUAGGCACCACGGAGUCUUUUGGCAAUAAUAAAUGAGAUGGUAAUCUGUAAACUGUAUUAAGGCAAGAAUUGCUGUGCUCUAUCAAUGCUUUGAAUGCUUGCCCUAUUUUUUUGUUAUAAUUUUAAGGAAGGAAAAUUUCCCGUUCGUGUCCCCAGUUCAGCAAAAA